AUGGCCGUAGUGCUCAAUUCUGAGGAGAACAGCUACUUCUCGUCAGGUCCACUGCGACGGUCCCAUUCCCAGCCCAAGUUUGUGGCACAACCGUCAUAUUCGAAAUCGCCGUCAAGAUCACAGAGCCAUAGUGCUUUCAACACCCGAACUUCCCCCCCCAAUUCAACUUCUUCUUCCGCGGUAUCCUCCCCAAGAACCUUACACGCCGACUCCACAGCUCCGUCGUUUUCAUCGACUCCCGCCAGCAGCCUCUCGCUCGACGCGAGUUGCGAGGACCAAGACGAGGAGGAUCAAAUCGUAUUUCCUUCCUACGACGACGUUGGUUAUUACGGACAAGUUGAAGACCUGGAGCCGCCACCAAGCCCUCGUACGGGUGAUUCCUACACCGUUUCACCAACCUCAAACAGCACUUCGACGAAUGUAUCCCGACCCGAGUCUCCGGAUCGAUUUGAACACGCAGAAGACGAUACCGCUGUUAGAAACCAACCUUCCAGGCAUGUAGAUUACCUAUCCCACAACUGGAAGGAAGAGGAUAUUUGGAACUCAUGGAAGCAUAUCGUUUCGAAGCGAAAAGCGUACAAUAAUAGUGCUCGGCUGGAGAAUGCAUCAUGGCGGACGUGGGCAAAAUCAAAAAACAAGUUGAGAACUGUGUCUCCAGAGACGCUCAAUUGGCUCAAGGAUUGCGAUGUCACUUGGCUUUAUGGCCCAUUACAGACAGGAUCCGGUAAGUCGUUACAUCAAACUUCUACCUCGCCAUCGAGUAGUAGCCGGAUAUCAAAGUCAAAUUCCUUUUUGAACAAGAAGCCUAUUUUGAAGAAGCGAAGCAUGUCAGAAAUCAUGUUGCAAAGAUCACUGUCGUCAUCAUCACUUCUCAAACAAGCUGCUGCAGCCGUACAAGCACAGCAAUCCGAAGCCUAUGGCGGACUUGGUCGUCCAAUUAUGGGCCGAGCAACUUCAGAUUAUACUUAUCCCCUCUCAUCGAGACGACUGAGCCGAGAGAACACGAGCAUGCUCUCUUCAAUCUCUUCGUCUGGGCUACAAUCUCCUGGAGAAAAGAAGCACAUCCAUUUCAACGAGCAGGUAGAGCAGUGUAUAGCAUUGGAGAUGAAGGGGGAUGACGACGAUGAGGCAGAGGCAUAUGCUGUCCACGGCUAUGACGACAGCGACUCUGACGAUGGAGGCAUUAUGAUGAAGAGGAGUAAUUCGAAGCGGAAAUUGCCUCCGCUCCAUAAGAAGAGGACAACUCCUCGUCAAAGUUUCAGUACCGAGAGCAAGACGAUUGCAAUGCUGCCGUCAACUACAUUAAAAUACAGAGCAGAUACCCCCGAACCCCCGGAAACGGCGAUGAAGCACAGCAAUGGAUUCUGGAAUGGAAGCAAGUUGUCUCCUUCUCCUUCCCAGGAAACCCUGAGACCAUCAAAACAAUCGACGAGGAUGCUUCUUGGUGAUGAUGAGGAAGAUGAUGAUAUGGACUGGCAACCGCCAAGCGCGUUCAAUAACCGCAAGGACAGUGUGGCAGUAACUCAAGAGCGUUUUCAGAGCAUACACACGUCUGGAUCCUCGUCGAGCCUCACAGGCGAACCGUCGGGUAUGAGAAGAACUCCAUCAGGGAUGUUCAUGCCAUAUGAGGAAGAUGAAGACGAUGCUGUUAGUGAGGGCCUCUUCGGCAAGAUCACAGAUACUGUAAACACAGCAAAGGACAUUGCACAUGUUAUCUGGAAUGUGGGUUGGCGAUCUGGAAGAUAA